AUGGGGAGUGAUUCCGAUCUUGUGAUGUCUCUGUUUAAUCGUCUGGCUGAGGUGUUUAAGGUUCGUGAUUUGGGGUCCCCUCACUUCUUCUUAGGCAUUGAGACUGUACCUGUAGAUGGGGGUCAUUAUCUUACUAUAGCGUGUCCCGAUCUGUCAUAUGCAGUGAACAGGUUCUGUCAAUUCAUGCAUGCUCCUACUGAGGCACAUUGGAGUGAUCUUAAGCGUGUUCUUCGCUAUGUUAAGGGCACUAUGACUUAUGGGCUUUGUGUCUCUAAGUCUGACUCGGUGGUUAUUCACGCUUUCUCGGACUCAGAUUAUGCCAGUUGUCCUGUUGACAAGAAGUCCACCAGUGGUUUUGCAGUCUUCUUGGGUAGUAAUUUGAUCUCUUAG